UUCAGAUUUAAAAUGGCGGAAAAUCUCAACGUGAAGAAGUAUGAUUUUCUUGUUCCAACCAAGAUGUUGAAUUGUCCGAGUAAAAUGAAGGUUUGGAUGGAAUCUGAAGCUUAUCAAGAUUAUUUAGGAUUUAUCGUGUCGAUAGGAGAGAGUAUUGAAGGAAGGAAAAUUAAUGAAGAGAUUUUGAUAAGUGAGCGGUGUUCUCUUGUGAUAUCUGUGAUAAAGAAUUUAAAAGAAGUGGCUGAUCAGACACCACCAACAGACAUGCAGAGCCGGUAUGGAAACCCUGCAUAUCGGGAUUGGUUUGAUAAAAUGGAAUCAUCAGUUCCCACUCUUCUAAAGGGAAUCCUACCAGCUGAUCUAGAGCAGGCUACGCUAGAGAUAGCCCCCUACCUGAUAGAUGGAUUUGGUAACAGGUCAGUAAUCAACAUUAAUUUUUUAAUUUUAUAGGAAGAACAUAAAAAA